ACAUUUUUUCGAGACUUUGCUCAACCUAAGCAAAUGGUGUCCGUUACAACACCACAGACAAGUGUAUAAAAGCGGGGCCCGUGGCUACUUGGGUAGUCGUCGCACAUCUGUGGAACAGUAACAGCGCAGCGCAACGAAAAAAUCAAAAUGGCCUUUGCUGGAAUUCUCAAGGACGAGGAUGUGGCUGCAGCCCUUAAGGAUUGCGCUGCUGCCGACUCUUUCAACUACAAGAACUUCUUCGCCAAGGUUGGCCUGAGCGCUAAGUCUCCCGAUGACAUCAAGAAGGCCUUCUUCGUCAUUGACCAGGACAAGAGCGGCUUCAUUGAGGAGGAUGAGCUGAAACUGUUCCUGCAGAACUUCUCCGCUGGUGCCAGGGCAUUGACCGAUGCUGAGACCAAGGCUUUCCUCUCAGCUGGCGACAGUGAUGGCGACGGCAAAAUUGGAGUUGAUGAGUUUGCUUUGCUUGUAAAGGCCUAAGCAUUCAUGGACCCUUGCCUUCGGACCCAGAGCUCUGCUUAUCAUCUUUUUUAUAUUUAUUUAUGAAUGCCCUGCAAACUCGUCCUCACAAAGAACCAUGUUCAAUGUCUUGAAAAGCUAUUUAUUAUUAAUGUUGUUUCAUUGCAUUGUAUUGUUCUGUAAAACUCCAUCCAUGUGCAAACUUACAAUCUCAUUGCACUUUAAGGAAAUAAAAAUAUAUUUGAUUUAAAACAA